AUGUCUGUGUGUCAGCAGAGUUACGCCCACGGCAGCCAACGCAUACAGGAAGUCGGUCUAUGUGUGUCCGAAUCUGAAAUAUGGUACAUGAUUGUAGGUACCCAUUCCGGCCGCAGAAACUGGCCCACAUGGUCCCUGUCUACGUAUCAUCAUCCUUCCCGCGUAGCCGCCCCCGCGCUGGCUUUCAUCCCUCUGGGCGUGCAAUCAGCACCUAUCAUAAUCCUGUCAGAACUCAGUCGGAACUGCAGCACAGCCAACCAAAUGGUUGCCUGGAUAGGCGGAAAGUCCAUCCGUGUUUAA